AUGACCAUUUUUCUACCUCUGGAAGAUUCUACACCGCUACCACAGACGCCGUCGUUCUUGCUCAAAGCAGAUCGAAAUGCACAAUUACCCAAGGUCAUUCAGGCUAUCAUGAAAGCGAAGCGGAUCGUGGUUAUCUGUGGCGCUGGUAUCUCUGUACAGGCUGGAAUACCAGACUUUCGUUCGCAGGAUGGUCUAUUCAAGACUUUGAAGCGAGAUAAUCCCCGAGAAGCGCUGAGUUCGGGGAAAGACCUUUUCGAUGCGUCAGUUUUCAAUACUGAGCAGAGGACGUCGCUCUUCUGCCAGAUGAUGGCUCAGCUGGCUGACUUGUCUCAAAAUGCUGAACCAACGUCGUUCCAUCACUUCCUGCGCGCACUCAAUGAUCAUGGGCGCCUUCUACGAGUCUACACCCAAAACAUCGACGCUAUUGAACAGAAAUGCGGCCUGUCGUUUGGCGUUCCACAAUACGAUGCGAAGAAAUGGCGACCUCGUACGAAAGCGAAGCCCACCAAGGACAUCGAACCCGGGACUUCCAGCCAUGUCGAUGACGGGUCUUCUGACGACAUCCCUUCGCUUCCUCCAAACCCUGCACCUGAAACACCACGGUGUAUACCGUUACAUGGUACCCUUCAGGAGAUGUACUGUCAAGCCUGCAGGCGUUCGUUCCCUUUGCAGGAUCACCUUCCUUCCCUCAGCGCUGGUCAGCCCCCUGACUGUCCGGAGUGUACUAAUCUCGAAAAGGCCCGUGCAAUGUCCGGCAAGAGACUACGUGGUAUUGGACGACUUAGACCCAGCGUCGUGUUGUACAACGAAGCACACCACGAUGGAGAAAGCGUCGGAGAUGUUGUGCAGAAGGACUUGAUUGGGUCGUCCAAGGGCAAGGGUAAAAGUGGGGCCGAUCUUCUUCUGGUUGUCGGUACGAGCCUCAAGGUACCUGGUACGAAGCGGAUGGUUCGGGAGUUCGCCAAGGCGGUCAAAUCUAGAGGGGUUGGGAAUCCUUCAUCAGCAAGAGAGGAAAAUGCCCACGCAACAUCGUCGUGGUCAUCGCGACAGUCGCCUGCGUCGGAGGAGGAGCCGCCACCUGCUCCCAUCAAAGCUAUUUACCUCAACCUAGACUUCCCCGUCCCAACUCGCGAAUGGGAGGGUGUUUUCGAUGCAUGGGUGCAAGGCGACGCACAGACGUUUGCUGAGAUGAUGCGAGAGGAGAUCAGGAAAGAUGCAAUGAUGAAGGAACAGGCUCUGGAGAAAAAGAGGAGGAAGGAGGAGGCUUUCGCUGCUGCAGAAGCAACACAGGGAGGGGAAUGCGUGGAUUUCGAGAUGAGACCUCUAGAUAGUGAGCGUCCGUACCUACCCACCCCCCAGCCAUCCCCCAAACGCAAAAGUGGAGGCAAGUCGACGCCAAGCAAAAAACAGAAGACCAAAUUAUCCGCAUGUGUCUCUGAGAUCUCUGGAAAACACCUCCCCGCCGCACAUCUAUAUCAAGCUCUUCUUGUUUUACUCGACAUCACGACCACUCCCCCAAUCCGCAGCUUUUUACGCCUGAACGAACUCCGACUCAGUCCCAGCACCGUAGCCUAA